AAAAAAAAAAAAAAAAAGAGAGCCAUGCAAGGAAAAGAGCGUCCCAUACCACUUCAACUUGGGAAUACACCCGCAAAGAAAGUAGACACGUCGUAUACAUGGCUGACCAUGUAUUUCCUACUCAAUCUCUCACUCACCAUCUAUAACAAGGCGAUCCUCAGCACAUUCCACUUCAGUUUUCCAUGGACAUUAACGGGGAUCCAUACACUAUGCUCAGGCAUCGGAGCGUUGAUCAUGGCUCGUCUAGGAUAUUUUACACCUGCACAACUCGGAGAGCGUGAAAACAUGGUCAUGCUCAUGUUUUCAUUCUUAUACACCCUCAAUAUCGCCAUCAGCAACGUCUCUUUGAACGAGGUGUCAGUUGCGUUUCAUCAAGUUGUACGUGCGAUGACGCCAGUCUUUACGAUCGCCAUCUCAGUAGCAUUCCUUUCAAAACGGUAUAGUGGCAUGACAUAUCUUUCACUACUACCUCUACUCUUGGGGGUUUAUAUGGCGACUGUGGGCGAUUAUUCUUUUACGGCAAUGGGCUUCUUCUUAACCGUCUUGGGAACUGUAUUGGCGGCGACCAAGACUGUGGUGACGAACCGGGUCCAGGUUGGGAGACUACAGCUUCACCCAUUGGAUCUGUUGUUGAGGAUGAGCCCCCUGGCAUUUGUGCAGACUGUCAUCUUUUCAUGGAUGAAGGGCGAACUGGAUGAGGUGGUGUCGUUCUGUCAGACGCAGAUGAGUUAUAAGCUGAUCUUGGCAUUGUUGGUAAACGGGAUCAUUGCUUUCUUCCUUAACUAUGUUUCAUUCACGGCCAACAAGAAGACCAGUGCCUUGACUAUGACUGUUGCAGCCAAUGUCAAACAAGUGCUGUCAAUUGUAGUCGCAGUCACAGUAUUCAAUACGACGAUUGGACUCCUGAAUGGUCUGGGCAUUAUCAUGACCUUAGUAGGAGGUGCGUGCUAUAGCUAUGUGGAUCUGAAAGAGAAGAAUCAGCGAGCAAGGCCUUUGACUCCAGCAUUCCCCCUCCCCUCACCUACAACAACUGCCACAGAAUCUGAAAAGGAAGAGUUGCUCAAUGUCAGGGUAGUAAGCUAA